AUGGCCAGCGCCAUGGGCGACACGCAAAGUCUGCACACGAACGCGCUCGACGAGACGCUGGGGCUCCCGACAGAGUUUUCGGCCCGCAUGGCGCGCAAUACGCAGCUGAUUUUGCAAGAAGAAACGGGCAUUCCCAAGGUGGUGGUGGCGGAUCCGUGGGGCGGGUCGUACUUGAUGGAAAACUUGACGCAGGAACUGGUCGACUCGGCCAUGGAAAUUAUCCGCGAGGUAGAUGUCUAUAUCUGUAGAUAUAUAUAUACCUCAAUUGAAGAGAGCGCGACCAAGAAGCAGGCGCGUAUCGACAGUCGCGAGGAAGUGAUCGUGGGCGUCAACAAGUACCGCCUCCAAAAUGAAGACCGCGUCGACGUGCUCUCGAUCGACAACACCAAAGUCCGCGAGCAGCAGAUCAAUCGCAUCAACACCAAUGCGCAUGCCUGA